AUGAGCACCACAUUGCCUUUGUUCUCCUUAUUACCAAAUGGUGGCGGAUCGUAUCCACCUAGUCCGACUUUCUCUGAUCCGAGUUUCUCGACGGGUUAUGAUGGAGGGUUCGAUCUGAAGAAUGGUGGUCUAGGAAAUUAUAAUUUCCCUACACCACCUCAAACAUCCAACACACCAUCCACAUCAUCUUUCUCUUCACGACAUCAUUACCCUCAUCAGUUGAUCCCACCCAAUUUUACCAACUCCUCUCCUUUCCCUGGAGGUACUCCCGAUGGUGAUGAUCCUACUUCGUCCUUUUUGGAUCUAGAUUUAAGUCAACCUGGUCCAUCCACUUAUCAUAACCAUCAUCAUGCGCAUUCACAUGGGAAUGCCCAUGGGGGUCCAGCUCAUUCCGCCUCAUUUGGCGAAGAUUAUCUACAUGAUGCCGAUGAUGACGAAGGUAUACACCAUAACGAUGAUGAUGAAUUGGUUAAGAUCGAAAAUGAAAAUGAACAUGAAAAUCAAGAUGACCUCACUCAUGGGAAUUACGAUGGUGAAGAACCAUUAGAAGUAGAUGGGGAGGUGGAUAAUGAAGAACCGUUAUAUGUCAAUGCGAAGCAAUACCAUCGAAUAUUGAAAAGACGAUUGGCGAGAGCAAGGUUAGAAGAGUUGAAUAGAUUGGUCAGAUCUCGAAAACCAUACUUGCACGAAUCAAGACAUCGUCAUGCCUGUUCGCGACCAAGGGGUAAAGGAGGUCGUUUCUUGACUGCGGAAGAGAUUGAGCAGAUGAAAAAGGAAGAAGAGAGUAAGAUAGGUGAUAAUGGUGGAGACGAUAGUGUAUCGCCUGGUCAAGUAGGAGCAGAUAUAGGAUCGGGAUUGACUACUUCGGUUUAG